CCUGCGUGUGUCUAUAACUUUGUGCUGCCGCCGCGGCCGCCCAGCUCGUGCAGGGGAGGAGGAGGAGGAGGAGGAGGAGGAGGAGGAGGAAUGUGCCAGGCGGCGGCGCGCAGGCUGACAGGCGGGUCCUCGGGCGGGCUGCGGCUGCGGCGGCGGCGGCGGCGGCCGGAGCGCCUCUCGGUGGCCGGGGCUGCGCGCCCCCUCCUCGCCGCGCCCCGGGCCCGCGCGGAGUCGUGCGUCCUCCCGCCUCGUCCCUGAAGGGAAGCAACCGAGGCGGCGGCAGGAGCGGCGGCAGGAGCGGCAGCGGCUCCCGGGAGCCCGAGCCUCCGCGGAGCCUCCGCGGCGCCCCCGGGCCUCCCCCGCCGCACCCCGCCCCGGCGCGAGAGCGGAGCGCGAGGGCCCGAGAGCCGAGAGCCCGAGAGCCCGAGCCGCGGGCGGGCGGGCGGGCGGGCGGGGAAGAUGGCAGAGGCGCCGGCCUCCCCGGGCCCGCUGUCCCCGCUCGAAGUGGAGCUGGACCCCGAGUUCGAGCCCCAGAGCCGGCCGCGCUCCUGUACGUGGCCCCUGCAGAGGCCAGAGCUGCAGGGGAGCCCGGCCAAGCCCUCGGGGGAGACGGCCGCCGACUCGAUGAUCCCCGAGGAGGACGACGACGACGACGACGAGGACGGCAGCGGUAGGGCCGGCUCGGCCAUGGCGCUCGGCGGCGGCGGCGGCGGCGGCGGGGGCGGCGCGCUGGGCUCCGGGCUGCUCCUCGAAGACGCGGCCCGGCUGCGGGCGCCCGGGGGGCAGGACCCCGGGGCCGGGCCGGGCCCCGCGGCGGGCGCGCCGAGCGGGGGGACGCAGGCGCCGCCGCAGCCUCCGCAGGCGCCGGCCCCGCCGCAGCCGGGGGCGGCCGGGGGCUCGGGGCAGCCGAGGAAGUGCUCGUCGCGGCGGAACGCCUGGGGCAACCUGUCCUACGCCGACCUCAUCACUCGCGCCAUCGAGAGCUCGCCCGACAAACGGCUCACUCUGUCCCAGAUCUACGAGUGGAUGGUGCGCUGCGUGCCCUACUUCAAGGAUAAGGGCGACAGCAACAGCUCGGCGGGGUGGAAGAACUCUAUCCGGCACAACCUGUCACUGCACAGUCGGUUCAUGCGAGUCCAGAAUGAGGGGACUGGCAAGAGCUCUUGGUGGAUCAUCAACCCUGAUGGGGGAAAGAGCGGGAAGGCACCCCGGCGGCGGGCUGUCUCCAUGGACAACAGCAACAAGUAUACCAAGAGCCGUGGCCGUGCAGCCAAGAAGAAGGCAGCCCUGCAGACAGCCCCUGAGUCAGCAGAUGACAGUCCCUCCCAGCUCUCCAAGUGGCCCGGCAGCCCCACGUCACGCAGCAGCGAUGAGCUGGAUGCAUGGACGGACUUCCGCUCGCGCACCAAUUCCAAUGCCAGCACCGUCAGUGGCCGCCUGUCACCCAUCUUGGCAAGCACGGAGUUGGAUGACGUCCAGGAUGAUGACGCACCACUCUCCCCCAUGCUCUACAGCAGCUCAGCUAGCCUCUCACCCUCUGUGAGUAAGCCAUGCACUGUGGAGCUACCACGGCUGACCGACAUGGCAGGCACCAUGAAUCUGAAUGAUGGGCUCUCUGACAACCUCAUGGAUGACCUGCUGGAUAACAUCACACUCCCAUCGUCCCAGCCAUCGCCCACUGGAGGGCUCAUGCAGCGGAGCUCUAGCUUCCCAUAUACCACCAAGGGCUCCGGCCUGGGUUCUCCAACUAGCUCCUUUAACAGCACGGUGUUCGGACCCUCGUCUCUGAAUUCCCUGCGCCAGUCUCCCAUGCAGACCAUCCAAGAGAACAAGCCAGCUACCUUCUCUUCCAUGUCACACUAUGGCAACCAGACACUCCAGGACCUGCUCACUUCAGACUCACUCAGCCACAGCGAUGUCAUGAUGACCCAGUCGGACCCCUUGAUGUCUCAGGCCAGCACCGCUGUGUCCGCCCAGAACUCCCGCCGGAACGUGAUGCUUCGAAAUGACCCAAUGAUGUCUUUUGCCGCCCAGCCUAACCAGGGGAGUUUGGUCAAUCAGAACUUGCUCCACCACCAGCACCAAACCCAGGGCGCUCUCGGUGGCAGCCGUGCCUUGUCGAAUUCUGUCAGCAACAUGGGCUUGAGCGACUCCAGCAGCCUUGGGUCGGUUAAACACCAGCAACAGUCUCCUGUCAGCCAGUCUAUGCAAACCCUCUCGGACUCUCUCUCAGGCUCCUCCUUGUACUCAACUAGUGCAAACCUUCCCGUCAUGGGCCAUGAGAAGUUCCCCAGCGACUUGGACCUGGACAUGUUCAAUGGGAGCUUGGAAUGUGACAUGGAGUCCAUUAUCCGUAGCGAACUCAUGGAUGCUGAUGGGUUGGAUUUUAAUUUUGAUUCCCUCAUCUCCACACAGAAUGUUGUUGGUUUGAACGUGGGGAACUUCACUGGUGCUAAGCAGGCCUCAUCUCAGAGCUGGGUGCCAGGCUGAAGGAUCACUGAGGAAAGGGGAAGUGGGCAAAGCAGACCCUCAAACUGACACAAGACCUACAGAGAAACCCUUUGCCAAAUCUGCUCUCAGCAAGUGGACAGUGAUACCGUUUACAGCUUAACACCUUUGUGAAUCCCGCACCAUUUUCCUAACCCAGCAGAGACUGUUAAUGGCCCCUUACCCCGGGUGAAGCACUUACCCUUGGAACAGAACUCUAUAUAAAGUAUGCAAAAUCUUCCUUGUACAGGGUGAUGAGCCACCUGCCAGCGAAGGACAGCACCCUGUCAGCACCACCCACCCUCAUUCAGAGCACACCGUGAGCUCCUGUUGGCAAUUCUGUGGUGUAUUCAUAUCACGAUGGUUUAUGGGAUGUUUUAAGUGUCGUUUUUGUGUUUGUUUUCCUUUGACUUUCUGAGUUUUUCACAUGCAUUAACUUGCAGUAUUUUUAUGUUAAAAUGUUAAUCAUCCUUCCCCUGGCAAAUUUAAAAACAGAAGGAAAAUGUUGUACCAGUUACUAUUCUGGCUUUGGGCAUCACAAGCAUUUGAGCCCUUGGAACUCCAUAAACUAACAAAUUACAUAAACCAGAGGGGGAUUUUCUUUCUUCUUUUGUUUGGUAGAAAAACUAUCCUUUUCUAAAAACUGCACAAUGGCACACUGUUUGCCGUGCACACCAGUCCAGGACUGACCCCUGCAUAGGCACAAUGAAUGGAGUGCAGCAUGCCACCCAGCGUGUUUUCGUUCUGAGCCAGGUGGUUGGGGGCGGUGGGGGGCGACGGUGAGACCCCCAGCACCUGGUCUGCAGUUGCCAGAUCAGUAGGGCCUCUGGUCUCCUGGCAAUAUCCUCAGCUAAUGCAGUGAAUAGUGAAGGUGUAUGGUGGUUAGAAAUUAGGAUCUUUUCAAGAAAGAAAUCAGCUCAGCUACCCACUCAUUGCCAAAUGCCACUAAAGGAUUUAGUUUUAAGGAGAAAAGAAAAAAAAAAGUAGUCCUGUUUUGCUUUGCAGAAGAAAUGAACUUACAGGUGAGCAUUAAGCCUGCAGCGAGCAAUGUGUGAAAAGUACAAACCAGAGUCACUAUUUUCCUAAAAUACCCUUGAUUAUUUUCAGCCUUGCUGUGUAUAAUCUGAUCUACUAGACAUGUGUGAGUGAGAGGCAAUAGCAUACAAACUGAUUUUUAUAUAUAUAUACACACACAAUCUAAUAUAUAAAAGCUUAGAUUGUAAUCGUACAAAUGACACAAUGGAAGUACAAGGUAGGGCAGUUUUGACUUGUUUUCCCCCACUUUUCUGCUUCUGUGGAUUUCAUUUUGUUUUGUUUUCAAGAAGUUAUGGUGCUGUAUAGGUGCUUUCUGUUUAACCUGGAAAGUGUGAUUAUGUUAGUUACUCUCUUUGGUAGACCGAAUAGUUGGGAACACCUUUGGUACAUGUAAUGAAGCUCUGAUUAGCACAGCGUAUGCAUACUUCUCCAAAGUGAUAUAUGAAGACUCUUUUCUUUGCAUAAAAAGCAUUAGGUAUAUAAAUGUAUAAAUAAAUUUUACCAUGUACAGUACAAAAAUGGAACAUUCUGCAUGGACAUUAGGAAUACAGGCUAGUAUUUCAGCACAGACUUCCCUGCAUGAGUUCUCGCUGACGCUUGCACCGUGCAGUGGGCACUGACUCCCUUCCACCAACACAGACGUGCCACCCGACCCCCUGCACUUACCACCCGCCGCCAGGGGCCCCCUUGUGCACCUUUGCUUUAUAAUUCCUCUGGGGGUGAUAUUGGUGGUGAUAACAGCUCCUAGCGUAAUGAAAGUUCCAUUUGGUAUUGUCACACAUCUCUCCCGCCUCGCCGGGGUCGUCCUGUUUGAGUGAUGGCCCUGUUGAUUUCACCCUGCCUUUUACUGAAUCUGUAAAUUGUCGUGCAAUUGUGGUUAUAGUAGACCUGUAGCAUAUUGCCUUUUCUAAACUGCUACACGUUUAUAAUCUUCAUUUUAAAAGUAUGUAUAAUUUUUAAAAGUAUGUAUUCUAUUCACGUGGUCUGCUUGUCAGUGAGACAGACGUUUUGCUUACUGUGUUCCUUUAUGAUAAUGCUCGCCACUUCCUUGACUCUUCAGUAGUCCGCUGUACACAGGAACUGUCUGGUAUCACUGAAAGAAGGCUACCUCUUGGGUUCCUAGGUGAUGCUGCCCAGGUGGGGGAUGCAGUUGGGACCCAGCUGCAGCAGCUGAGGGGAUGGAAGGGUGGAGGGAGGUCAGAUAUGCGGAGAACCCGGAGCGCUUACAGUGUGAGGGCCCUGAGAAUUUCUCUCCUGAACUCAAAGAAACAAGCAAACUAACAAAAUUAGCUAUUUGCCUCUGCAGUUUUAUAGACCCUGGGAGCUACUUUGGGAGUCAGAAAAGCAACUCUCAAAUAUGUUUCAACUUUAAAAUGUUGAAUUCCUUUUGGACAUGUGGCAUCUCAUUUAUUCUCCUUUUUUCUGUGUUUGUUAGAUUUCAGGCAGAAUGUCUUACAAAAUGUCCUAGAACCAGAUUAUAAUUUAAUCUAAAACAGCUGAGGGAGGGACAGAGGAGGCAUGAGAGCAGGGCAGCCACAGAGUGAGUGCAUCAGGAAAAUGAAGGCGGUGGGGGGGGGGCAGCUUUAAAUGUGUUGGCUUUGUGUUUUUUAAUAAUGCCAGUAGCAUCUACACGUAGAGAGAGCAUUGUGGGGAGCCGAGAUCAGGACAAAGGCAAGUGCCAGCCUCAGUUUCGAGGGAGUCCGGCAAAAAGGGAAUAGUAGGCCUAUGCAGGGUCACAGCAGCGCCACUUGGAGCCUGGCUACUGCCAGCUGGCCAUCCGCCCAGAGGCCAGGCUCCCUUAGGCUCACCAGGUAGUGUUGCAGGGGUCCGACAGGGCCGAGGUGCAGUGUAAGGCCUCUGUCUCUUAUACCAAGACCCUGCUUUCUUUUUUUUUUUAAUAAAUUAAUUUUUUAUUGGUGUUCAAUUUACCAACAUACAGAAUAACACCCAGUGCUCAUCCUGUCAAGUGCCCCCCCUCAGUGCCCGUCACCCAUUAAUCCCCACCCCCCGCCCUCCUCCCCUUCCACCACCCCUAGUUCGUUUCCCAGAGUUCCGAGUCUUUAUGUUCUGUCUCCCUUUCUGAUAUUUAAGACCCUGCUUUCAAGGAGGGCCAGCUGUUGGCCCCCAUGUGGAUUCUGAGUGUCCCGGGUCCCUCAGUAAGUUUUCUGAGCUGGAGCACUCGGUAGCCUCCAGGGGCCCGACAGCUCUAAGGCUUGCAUCCUGGUGAGCACUCUUCCAGGCCGUCCCCAGCCUCUAAACACGCUGCUCUAGGGAGCCUUCCUCUUUUUGCCGGGAAAUUAGAAGAGUAACUAAUGUUGAAUACGUGACAUGCGCUCUGGGGUUCUUGUAUCUCUCUUCGAGCUCCAGAACCAGACACCUUUGACCAAAGUUAGAAAAGAGCUUUAUCAUAAGCCUGCCCUGUCCUGGCAUGAGACCCGCCUGCCAGGUUCAGCACACCCGAUAACUGUGAAUGGAGCCGAGCUCCAUCUCCUUUAUUGCAUCCCCUGCAAUGUAAUGAGUGCAGAAACACUUAUUUUUUAAAAAUUUCGGAAGUUUGUCUUUCCUGUUAACAGGAGGGUUGUGCACACACACGUGGCACAAGGUGGGCUUUGUGUGUGUGUGUGCGUGUGUGUGUGUUUGGUGUUGAGUUUGCGUAUUGUGUGUGUCUCACGUCACCACCCAGAGGUGAGGACCUCAUGGCUCACAGCUCAGGACAGCGCUGUCCAGUCUCAGGAUGCCGUUUCAGGUGGCUGCGAUCUGGUUAAAGACGGUAGGGACAGGCUGUGCCUACAGCCGGUGGACCCCGCUUACAGAAGAAGGACCGUUUGGAUCUCUUGGGAAGACUGUCCAGGGGAAAGCAGUCCAACAGCCAGUCGUGUGUCGUGUGCUGAUGCCAUGGGCUGCUGAGGGGAAAUACAGAUGUCACCCUUUCUGAAAGCAGAAGCAGAACCCUGAUAGCUCUAUACCUGAUUUCCUUUUUCUCGAUGUAUUUGGGGAAACAUUGUACGAUUAGGCCUACUGUUGUGUUUUUUGUUUUUUGAUUUAGCAGAGUUUUUUUGUAGAAAUGCAAUCACUGGCAAAGAGGUACGAGAAAGCCAGCCUCUCCUGAAGACUGGGGGCAGCAGGCACAAUGAGGGGAAAGUGGGGCCCUCGUGAAGUCCCAUCUGCAUGUAGGAUCUUAACGCAGACAGCCAAGUAACUGAAAAGAGUAUAUUCUAUUUGAUCUAAAUCUUCGGUGGAUAAGAUUUUACGCAGUUUGAAUGAAUGAAAUAUUUUCCUCUUGUUUUCUAUUUGUGUAUUUUUCUUUGAUGAGUGAUUGGUUCUGAGGCCUCUGGCACACUCCGGAAUUAAUUUGUGUGGCCGCUUUAAAAAACUGUGUGUUUGGUCACUUAUUUCUCUAAAAUUAUCUCAUUGCCUGGCAAUCAGUCUUCUCUCGUAUACUUGUCCUAGCACAUUAUGUACCCGGGAAAUGUAAACAGAUGUGAAGAAGGACCAGAAAAAUUAGUUAAUAUUAAAAAAAUAUAUUGUGCGUUUUGGCUUCACAUGUUUAACUUUUUUUAAGAAAAAAAGUUGCAUGAAUGGAAAAAAAAAUCUGUAUACAGUAUCUGUAAAAUUGUCUUUACCUGUUUCAAUUUCUUGCUCAUACCCCAUUCAGACUAGAAUUAAAUAUGGUGCAUGGCCAUAUUCUAACACCUAAGAGUCAAGCAGUUGAUACUUUGGUUUGAAGCACCUCAUCCUUUCUUUCCAAGCGAACACUAUCAUAUUGCAUUCUUACUGAGGAUUUUGUCCAACCAUCUGUUGCCAUGAAUUAACUCUACCGCCUUUCUUCUCAAGAAUCAAAACCAAUUUGAUUUGGGAAUCUUCCCCUUUCCAAAUGAAAUAGAGAUGCAGUACUUAACUUUCCUUGGUGUUUGUAGAUUUUGCCUUGUGUAUUCCAUUUAAAACCGUAAUCUAGUUUGUAAAAGAGAUGGUGACGCAUGUAAAUAAAGCAUCAGUGACACUC